UCCUAUUCUCACGCGGUACAUUCCCUCUUUCUCUCUAACAAAACGCCCCUCUUUUAUCUCUCUCUCUCUCUCGAUUCCGAUCGAAUUCUUCUCUCUCUAGGGUUCAGAUUUCGAUCGAAAUUCUGAAUCUAGACUCUAAUGGCGUCGUCGUCGUCGAACAUUCUGGUGACUGGUGGGGCCGGGUACAUUGGGAGCCACACCGUGCUCCAGCUCUUGAACGCUGGUUUCAUGGUAUCCGUCGUUGAUAAUCUCGAUAAUUCGUCGGAGAUCGCCAUCAAGAGGGUCACCGAGCUCGCUGGGGCCAAAGGGAAGAACCUCACGUUUCACAAGAUUGAUCUCCGAGAUAAGAAAGCCCUAGAUGGUGUUUUCUCUUCAACAAAGUUUGAUGCUGUCAUUCAUUUUGCUGGACUGAAAGCUGUCGGUGAAAGUGUGGAGAAGCCCUUGCUUUAUUAUAACAAUAACCUGAUUGGUAGCAUAACUCUGUUAGAAGUGAUGGGUGCUCAUGGGUGCAAGAAGCUUGUAUUUUCAUCUUCGGCAACUGUUUAUGGAUGGCCUAAGGAAGUUCCCUGUACAGAGGAAUUUCCCCUGUCUGCUGCAAAUCCAUAUGGAAGGACUAAGCUCAUUAUUGAAGAAAUGUGUCGUGACAUAUAUGUAUCAGACUGCUCUUGGAAAAUAAUUUUACUCAGAUAUUUUAAUCCUGUUGGAGCUCACCCCAGUGGAUAUAUUGGUGAGGAUCCUCGUGGAACUCCUAACAACCUCAUGCCUUACAUACAGCAGGUUGCUGUUGGGAGGAGACCUGCUCUUACAGUAUAUGGAACUGAUUACAAGACAAAGGAUGGAACUGGGGUGCGGGAUUACAUACAUGUUCUUGAUCUGGCAGAUGGGCAUAUUGUAGCUUUGCAGAAACUUUUUAAGGACUCCAACAUAGGAUGUGAAGCCUAUAAUCUAGGAACUGGAAAGGGAACAUCUGUUUUAGAAAUGGUGGCAGCAUUUGAGAAAGCCUCUGGAAAGAAAAUCCCUCUGGUCAUGGCUGGACGACGGCCUGGUGAUGCGGAAGUAGUUUAUGCGUCAACUGCCAAAGCAGAGAAGGGCUUGAAUUGGAAAGCAAAGUAUGGUAUUGAUGAUAUGUGCCGGGACCAGUGGAACUGGGCGAGCAAAAAUCCAUACGGAUAUGGAUCACCUGAAUCUGAUAAAUAGAAGCUAAAAUACUACUGAAAGAGUUAGGGUAUACUACUCUUUGAGUUCUUCGGUUAGCUGUAGAAAAGCUAAUAACAAGGAUGUAAUGCAUAUACUUGCAGGUAAGUCCAGCUAAUUUAAAUGUGGAUCUUAGUUUGGUAGUAUUUUUUGUAUAAAAAGGAGCACCACAGUAGUUUUAUUUCAGGGAUCACGCAUGAUGUGUUCCUACAUAUAGCUUAUACUGCUGUCAUGUAGAGCAGGUGACUCUUACAGAUCCUUUGGUAUACAUGUUCCUUCAUACGCCAGCUUGUUUUUAACCAGCUACUUGGUACAUUUUAUCUAUGAUUGUACUUCAUCUUUCUAGUAACGUAACCAAUUCGUUCGAUUAUUUAUUGACAGAAAUUCAAUUUAUUA